GGUGAAUUUACUAAUGGGUAUAUUGCUUACUGUGGCAAUAACUCACCCAGAAACAGUCCCUCCACUGGACCUACAGUAUGAAGUCAUUGGAAACUACUAUUCCUCAGAUAAACUAACAGAGAAUGCAUGUGUUGGCUUUACCAUCUCACUUUUGAUGUUUACUAUCAGUGCCAUGUUGGUGUACGGUGCUGUCACUCAUCGUGGAGGAUGGCUGAUUCCAUUUUUCUGUUACCUGUUGUUUAAUUUUGCUCUUUCUUGCCUUGUUGCAAUCAGCUCUCUCACCUAUGUGCCAAGAAUCAAGGACUAUCUGGACCAACUGCCUGACUUCCCUUACAAAGAUGAUCUCCUUGCUUUGGACUCCAGCUGCCUUUUGCUGAUAGUUCUGCUUUCUUUUGCCAUUAUCAUAACUGUGAAGGCUUACUUCAUUAAUUGUGUUUGGAACUGCUACAAGUACAUCAACAAUAAGAACACACCUGAGAUAGCUGUGUACCCAGCGUUUGAGACACCCAUGCAGUAUGUGCUGCCAACUUACGAAAUGGCUGUGAAGAUGCCAGAGAAGGAGCCACCACCUCCCUACAUGCCUGCUUGAACUCAAUGUAAAUCCAUAACAAAUCAGCAGUUUUCUCAACAAAUUGAAGCCUGAUUACCUUGCAUUUAAGCUUUGAGACUUUGUAAGAGAUAUUCUGUACUUGUGUAAACUUUUAAGUAUCUAAAAAAAAUUAUAUUUUGUAUCUAAACAUGAUUGAAACUAAAAGCUUUGAAUAUGCAUUUUUUAAACUUUCUCUAAUUACUUAACUGGGUAUUUAUGAUCUUUCUGCACCACAUUGAGAUUAUUUUAUUUGAAUUGUCAUUUAAAAUUAUCUGGGUGCAUUUGUGUUUUCUUUUUUAUCCUCAUUGCAUCAAAUGGAGAGUAGAAUGGUUCUUGGGAUAAACACAGGAUAGAACCAGUCAAUUAUUUCAAACUUAACAAUUUGAAUUACAUAAGCAUUUGAACCACUUAUUGUUGCAGAACUUGGAAGUUGAAUUAAACAGUGUGUGAUUUCUGCCACUAGAGGUUCCAGGUGAUCUGUCACUGACUGUUAAUGCAACCUCCUGGGGCAGAAAUCAUGGGCAACACCAUUUUUCUCUGGUGCAUCCAACUCUGCACAUUUAUUUUCUGGAAGGCAUAGCAUUCAAACUGUUGGAAUUUUCAAAUCAGACUGGUGAAUUAUGUGUCCAUUGACAAUAAGGAAAUGUACUGUUGGUUAUAUGGAUUGCAUGUAUUUGCACUUUUCUUGUGCUGUCAAUUUGGUUUCAAGUUCCUUUCAGUAUAAAAUAGUAUUUUUUUAGGUAAGGGAGAGGAAAUUGAAAUGCUUAAACAAAGUGCUGUUUUCUGUACUGUAUAAUUGAUACAAGUGUGAACAAUCAUUUUGAGGAUUGUAAGAUUGCUUUAUAUGUCACUUUAAAAGAUUCAUUAAAUAUUUCCAUUUAUAACGUAGUUAAGUUUCUCUUUAAAUAAUUUUGCUUGAUUAAAAGAACUGGCAUUGCCUUUGCAUUUA